CAACACACAAGAAGAAGAAGAAGAAGAAGAAGAGGAGGAGGAGGAGGUUAUCCGGUUUCUUCUAGAGUUUCUGCUGGAGAUCAACUCUUCAGAUCCAUCAUGGAGGACACACACACUUCUGGAGAUCAGGAUUUGUUUACAGGAUGCAGCUCACCUAAGAGGAAGAGAGCAGAAGGAGAGCCCAGCUGUGUGUCUGUGAAGAGUGAUGUGUCUAUAGAUCCACCAACAAAUUUUAAGAGUGAAAACACAGGACCUGCUGUCAGUGUGGAUAGAGAAGAUCAGACUGGAGACCUGCAGCAGGAUUCAGUCCAACCAGAACAUGAUGAACUCCAGAGAGUCAAAGAGCAGCACAAAACCAGCAUGAAGAACAGGUAUGAGAGAUUAUUUGAGGGAAUCAACCAUCAAGAGACUCAAACCCUCCUAAACAGGAUCUACACACAGCUCUACAUCAUAGAAGGAGAGAGUGAAGGAGUGAAUGAAGAACAUGAGGUUUUACAGAUGGAGAAAACAGCCAGAACAAAACCCUCACAACACACUCCAGUCUACUGCAAUGACAUCUUUAAAGCCUCAGCUGGAGCAGGACAUGAGGAGAAGAUCAAGAAGGAGAAAGCCCAGAUCAAGACUGUUCUCACUAAAGGCAUCGCUGGAAUCGGGAAAACCGUCUCUGUGCAGAAGUUCAUUCUGGACUGGGCCGAGGGAAAAGACAAUCAGGAUGUAGAUUUCAUGUUUGUGCUUCCAUUUCGAGAGCUGAACUUGAUCAGAGAUCAUCAGUACAGUUUUCACAGACUUCUGCUGGACUUUCAUCCUGAACUUGAAGAUCUGGAGCCCAAGAUUUAUGAGCAGUGUAGAGUUGUGUUCAUCUUUGAUGGUCUGGAUGAAAGCAGAAUCACACUCAACUUUUCAGAUGAGGAGAAAGUUUGUGCUGUGACUGAAUCUUCAUCAGUGGCUGUGUUGAUGUGGAGCCUCCUGAAAGGAGAUCUGCUUCCCUCUGCUCUCAUCUGGAUCACCUCCAGACCAGCAGCAGCCCAUCAGAUCCCCUCCAGAUACAUCAACCGUCUGACAGAAAUUCAGGGAUUCACUGAGCCUCAGAAGGAGGAAUAUUUCAGGAAGAGAAUCAGCGACGAGCAUCAAGCCAGCAGAAUCAUCUCCCACAUCAGAAGAGCAAGAAGCCUCCAGAUCAUGUGCCACAUACCCGUCUUCUGCUGGAUCUCCUCCACUGUGCUUCAGAAGCUCCUGGAAGAAGAUCUGAGAGCAGAAAUCCCCCAAACUCUGACUGAGAUGUACAUCCACUUCCUGCUGAUUCAGAUCAACACAAGGAAGCAGAAGUAUGAAAAGAGAGAUCCAGAGAAACUCCUGCAGUCCAGCAGAGGAGUGAUCCUCAAACUUAAAGUGGCUUUCAGACAGCUGAUUCAGAUCAACAUGAGGAAGCAGAAGUAUGAAGAGAGAGAUCCAGAGAAACUCCUGCAGUCCAGCAGAGGAGUGAUCCUCAAACUUGCUGAAGUUGCUUUCAGACAGCUGAUGAAGGGCAAUGUGAUGUUCUAUGAGGAGGACCUGAUUGAGAGCGGCAUAGACGUCACUGACGCCUCAGUGUAUUCUGGGAUCUGCACUGAGAUCUUCAAGGAGGAAUCUGUGAUUCAUCAGAGGAAAGUCUACAGCUUCAUCCAUCUCAGCUUUCAGGAGUUUCUGGCUGCUUUCUUUUUGUUUUACUGCCAUUUAACAAAGAAGAGAGAACCGCUGGAGUUGAUUUAUGAGAGAAAAUAUUCAUAUAAUCAACAUCUACAGGCCAGCUCUGAGAACUCUCUGUAUAAUCUGCUCAGAUCAGCAGUAGAUAAAGCUGUCAGGAGUAGUAAUGGUCAUCUGGAUCUGUUCCUGCGGUUCCUGCUGGGCGUCUCACUGGAGUCCAAUCAGAGACUCUUCCAGGAUCUGCUGACACACACAGAGGAGAGCUCAGAGAGCAUCAGGAGAAUCACACAGUACAUUAAAGACCAGAUCAAGACAGAUGCCCGACUCUCAGCUGACAGAUCCAUCAAUCUGUUCCUCUGUCUGCUGGAGGUGAAAGAUCAGACUCUGGCCAGAGAGUUUCAGAAGUUUGUGAAAUCAGACAAACACUCAGAGGAGGAACUCUCUCCUGCUCACUGCUCAACAAUCUCCUACAUGAUUGAGAUGUCAGAGGAGCCGCUGGAUGAGUUUGACUCUAAUAAAUUCAACACAUCAGAUGAGGGAAGACGGAGACUGAUACCAGCUGUGAGAAACUGCAGAAGAGCUCUGCUACAGGGCUGUAAUCUCACUGUUCAGUGCUGUGAGAGUUUGUCUUCAGCUCUACAAUCCUCAAACUGUGUCCUGAGAGAGCUGGACCUGAGUAACAAUGACCUGCAGGAUUCAGGAGUGAAGCUUCUCUCUGAUGGACUGAAGAGUCAACACUGUAAACUGGAGACACUGAGAUUGGUCAUGUGUAAUCUCACUGUUCAGUGCUGUGAGAGUUUGUCUUCAGCUCUACAAUCCUCAAACUGUGUCCUGAGAGAGCUGGACCUGAGUAACAAUGACCUGCAGGAUUCAGGAGUGCAGCUUCUCUCUGAUGGACUGAAGAGUCAACACUGUAAACUGGAGAUACUGAGAUUGUCUGGCUGUAUGGUGACAGAGGAAGGCUGUGGUUUUCUGUCUUCAGCUCUGACUUCAAACCCCUCACACCUGAGAGAGCUGGAUCUGAGCUACAAUCAUCCAGGAGAUUCAGGAGUCAAGCUGCUCUCUGAAGAACUGGCGGAUCCAAACUACACACUGGACAAACUCAAUCUGGAUCAUGGAGGAGACGCGAGGAUUUCAGCAGGACCACGCAAAUAUGUCUGUUUCCUCACACUGGAUCCAAACACAGCACACACUCGUCUCAUUCUGUCUGAGGAGAACAGAGAGGUGAAGAGUGUGUCAGAGGAUCAGCCGUAUCCUGAUCAUCCAGACAGAUUUGAUGUUUAUCCUCAGGUGUUGUGCAGAGAGAGUGUGUGUGGACGCUGUUACUGGGAGACUGACUGCAGUGGAGAUGAUGUGUGGAUAUCAGUGUCAUAUAAGAGCAUCAGGAGGAAGGGAGAUGGUGAUGAGUGUUUGUUUGGAUAUAAUGCUCAGUCCUGGUGUUUGCUCUGCUUUUCCUCCAGAUUCUCAUUCAGACACAAUAACACACACACUCGUCUCCCAGUGAAGCCGCUCAGCAGGAGAAUAGGAGUGUUUGUGGAUCACAGUGCAGGAACUCUGAUCUUCUACAACAUCUAUAGAGACACAAUGAGCCUCAUCCACUCAGUCCAGACCACAUUCACUGAGCCGCUCUGGCCUGGGUUUGGGCUUUAUUAUGGAUCAUCAGUGAAACUGAGCUGAAGACUGACGAGAGAUUUACCCACAAUCCUCUACAGGAGCUGUGUGUGUGUGUGUGUGAGAGAGUGUGUGUGAGAAAGAGAGUGUGUGCGUGUGUGUGUGUGUUUAUCUGUGCGUGUGCGUGUGUGUGUAAGAGAGAGAGAGACUGUGUGUGUGUGUUUAUCUGUGCUCUUCUGUGUGUGUGCGUGUGCGUGUGUGUGUGUGUUUAUCUGUGCUCUUCUGUCUCAUUUGAAAUGUAGUUUAUAUUGUCACAUCAUUGAUCUUUACUACAGUGUUUUACAGACGCUAGGACACAUUGUAUAAUAUUCAAGUCACUUCUGCAGAAGUCUUGACACAGUAAGCACAACAGAAAUCUCUGUGGGCUAAACUGAGGAUCAAUUCUCGUUUUGGCUCAAAUGUAUUGGAUGACUGCAUCUGUCUAAUUUGCUCUACUCUUUUCUCAGUCAGACAAAACAACUGGCAAAUCUGUGUGUACAUCCAGGACAUUUAGCACAUGCUGACAUACUGUUUUCAAAACUGUUCAAAACAACAGCGUGAUGCAAAACUGCAGAAGACAGCAACAUUCAACAGCAAUAUUAUAUUGAAACAUAUCUAAAAAUGCAGUUUAACCACCCUUAAUAUUGGAUCUGUAUCAGUGGAUGGUGUGUAGACAAACUCUUGUAUUUUAGAAUGACUUUUUCUAAUUGAAAAGUAAAUAAAGGACAUAAACUAUUGAAGGAUUCUGCAUCGUGUCUGAUUCAUUCCAGUAACAUAUAUCACGGUUAUAAACAGAGAUGGGUCCUUGUUUUACACAAGAAAACACUGCGUAACGCUGCAUGUUGUUAGUGUUUUAGCUCAUUGUUUUGUGGGUGAUAAAGUGUGUUUGCUGGCUGUCAACCUUUGCUGGUGUUCUGGAAGAAUGAGUUUAUUUGAGAGCUGAAUCAAGUGUUUUGGUAGCUGUAGUCCAUUUUGAAUGUGAAAAGUCGGUUAGGGGAACUGUGGGAAGAGUUCAGCAAAAGUGACCUAAGUAUUGAGAAAUGUGUCCUAGCGUCUGUAUAAAACUGUAAGUGUCCUCCAGGACCCUGAUGUGUUCAGAUCAGCCCAUUCUUGUCUACAGAUUUAUAUUCUUCAUUGUUUCUCUGUUGUUUCAGCACAAAUAAUAAAAGUCAAUGUCAAAUCCACUGAUGAUGUUAGAAUGUGAUGAUGAACAUGGAAAUGUCUGAAUCCUGUCUGAAUCUCUGUCAAAUAUUGAAUCAACUGUAGAGAAAUCCAGCAGGUCAAUGAAUAAAGGAGAAAUGAAGUGUGA